AUGGUCUCAUUCCAAUGCGAGGGCUGCGGCGACGUCCUCACCAAGAAAAAACUCGACCCGCAUCGCAACCAAUGCCGCGGGGCGAUGUUUACCUGCAUAGACUGCAUGACGACGUUUCAGGCAACAAACUAUAGAGCGCAUACAUCAUGCAUUACCGAAGACCAGAAGUAUCAGGGCGCGCUGUAUCGCGAGAAGCCCUCGAAAGCCGCCAAACGGAAAUCCGUCUCGAUCGUCGAGCCCGAGGGUGAAAAGGCUCUCGUUCCCCGUCAAGCGUAUGUCGAAGACGUCGCCGAUGCCGAAACCCCUCCUCACGUCCCUACACCCCCACCCGCCGUUCCCGACUCGUCCAACCGUGACAGUGUCUUCGAUUACAUGGUCGACGACGGUGAUCAAGCUGGCACACCACAGAUCAGCUUUGCCAAGGACAAGGGAGAAAUGUCCAUGAAGCACAGUGCUCCCUCCAUCUUCACCAACAGCCGGCCGUCUAGUCGCAAUGGCGAAGAGCAUCGGCACAGCAAGGAGUAUGAAGAGAACGGGUUCACGUGGGGGACGGAGCCGGUCCUGCCACGAGGCAUGUUGGAUAUGAACGGCAGUUCGUUGUCGCUCGAGUUCAUGACGCCAGCCGCAAAAGAUGCCAAAUCCAGGUUGAGUAAGAAAGAAAGACCACAGUCGCACAGCCGAACGAACAGUGGAAGCGAGAAGAAGAGGAAACGGCCCACUGAUGACCAAGUGCACGAGCUCGAGGGAGAUACGCUGAUGCCCGAUACGGUCAGGGUAGACACCCCUGCAGUCAUCCACUCAGGCCUCACUGGCGGACUGAGUCGCAUGAUGUCCCAGGACGAGGCGUAUCCCUUCCGUCGAUCGCCUGAUCCAGAAGACAGGCGAGAUGCGGUCAUCGUGAAGGCGCGUUCCACGCGUCGAGGCCAAAAACUCGAGGACCCUACCUCCCCGUUGAAACGUACCCGGCAUACCAAGGAUGACCCGAACGGCCUAGGCAUUUCCAUCAAGGGUCGGGCCGUCAAGGCUCUGUCCAUGGUCGGCGGAGCCCUGCUUGCAGGCCAAGGGGCGAGCGAAAUGUCCAACAGCCGCACAAGGAGGAGAGCCAGUUCCUCGGAUCAUGGCCACAGCCUGACACGAAUCCAGAAUGGCGAGAAACGGGAAAGGAAGAAGCACAAAGUGCAUCGCCACAAUGGCACAUCGUCGGCUAACAUCCGACAUGAACACCGCUCUCGCCAUCGAUAUAGUGACGAGUCACGCUCACCCUCGCAAGGAGAAGGCACGUCGCGGAAACUCAAGGCCAUUGAAUACCGCAAGCACGACGAGUCAGCCUCAGAUUCGGACUCUGAGGGUGUCCGCGCGGCCAGGAAAACAAAAGGCACAAACGGCGAUAUGGUCGUUUUCGGAGCAGAAGAGAAAGCGAAGCGGGCUUGUCGCAGUUUCCUCGCCAAUGCGCCCGGACUGGAUUCAGACAAGGGAUAUUCCAUUCACAAGAUGCUCAAGCGGUGGCACAAGCAUAACGACGUGAGGAAUAGCUCAUCCAAGAUUGACGAGGAACAGGACCUUUGGAGAGCUUUGCGGAUCAAGCGGAACGAGAAAGGCGAGUACGUUGUCUGCUUUUGA